AUGUUAUAUAAAUGGGGGUGUGAUGGUAGUAGUGGUCAGUCUCAAUAUAGACAACAUUUUAACGACGAUUCUUCAACAACUGAUCAAGCAAUGUUUAUGUUUUCAAUUGUGCCGUUAGAACUUCGAUCUCAUUCUGAAGUUAGUGAUAUCAAAAACAAUUAUGAAGUUAUUUGGUCUAAUCCUUCUCCGUCAUCCACUAAAUUUUGCCGUCCAAUAAAAUAUAUGUUUAAAAAAGAAACUAUCCAAGAGUACUAA